AUGUCCACAAAUGAUGACAAUUGGCGAUCAUGGAUGUAUAACGAUAGAUGGGAUUCAAGUACCGGACGUCAUAAUGAAGAUUUCGCUGUUGGACUCACCGAAUUCAUGCGAUUCGCAACAAAUCAGGACAUAUGCUUACAAAGUGGUAAGUUGUUUUGUCCUUGUCCAAGAUGUGAUAAUAAUAAAUUCAUCACUGUUAGUAAGGUGUGGAAUCAUUUAAGUAGUCGAGGAUUUAGGCCAAAUUAUAAAGUGUGGUAUUGUCAUGGAGAAAAUGAUUACAUGAAUGUGGGUAGUACUAGUGAGUAUAUGGCAGAAAGGCUUGAGGAACCUAGAAUGGUAGAAAGGUUAGAGGAACCUAGAAUGGUAGAAGAGAACGUAGGUACGGUUCAGAUGGUUCAUGAUGCGUUUAUGGAGAAUAGUCAUAUGUUCCCAGAAGAAGGAAAUAGAGUGGAGGAACCAAAUUUGGAAGCAAGUAGAUUUUUUACUAUGUUAGACGCAUCGAAACAACCACUAUAUGCAGGUUGUAAGCCAGGCCAUUCUCCUUUGUACGUUGCAACAAGGUUGAUGAAUUUCAAGACUGACUAUAAUUUGCCUGAGGAUUUAGUAGAUGGUUUUGCUGAUUUUGUCAAUGAAAUUUUACCGGAAGACAAUUUGGCACCAACUACAUUUUCUGCGGUUGAGAAGCUUGUUUCUGGUCUUGGUUUGCCAUAUCAGAUGAUCGACGUUUGCAUCGACAACUGUAUGAUUUACUGGAAAGAAGACGCAAAAUUCUUGGCUUGUCGAUUUUGCGGAAAGCCUCGGUUUCAGAACACCGGAGGGAGAGUUCGAGUGGCGUUUAAGCGUAUGUGGUAUCUGCCAUUAGCGGAUAGGUUGAAAAGGCAUACAGAACAGAGGUGUUGGAAUAAGAAAGAUGUUGUAUUGCUAAUGUUGAACAUGAAAGAACUAAUGAUGUGGCAGUAG